UUCAUAAAAUGAAAUUCACGUUUGCUGUUUUUUUAGCGUGUGCCCUUUUAGAAAUUGUCUUGGGUCAGCAGCAGCACCCUCGAUGUUUCAAGAAACCUUCACAGCAUGGACUAUGUUACGAGGGCUAUGAAAGGUGGACCUAUUAUCCCCGAAUAAAUCAGUGCAGGAGCUUCACUUAUAAUGGAUGCAUGGGAAACGGUAAUAGGUUCCCAACCCGUCAAAUCUGCGAGAGAUAUUGUAAGAUAUAGAACUCAAAAAAUAAGGUAUUCGCAUUUAUAUAGAUCCAGAUAACUUUUGUAUCCUAAGACUGGCAGGUCGUAGUCUCUUACUAUUAUUCUUCAUAAUAAAGCGUAACAUUAUUUCAUUAAAACAA